AUGAAAAUGGUGGGUGCAGAAGAAAUUAAAGACAUUGAACCAAAUUGUGUGGGCAUCCGUGCCAUUCAUUCCCCCCAUACAGGCAUUGUAGACUGGAGACAAGUGGCCAUAAGUUAUGGAGCCAAUUUUGAGAGGGCAGGCGGCAAGAUAUUUACAGAAUUUGCAGUAGAUUCAUUUUCUACUGACAAUCCUGAUUAUCCAGUCACUAUUCUUGGGGACACAAAAAAGGGUCAGAAAGUCCAUUGUAAAUAUCUGAUCACAUGCGGGGGUUUACAUUCAGACCGACUGGCUGAAAAAUCUGGGUGUCACCGGGAACCUCGAAUUGUUCCAUUUCGAGGAGACUAUCUUCUGCUGAAGCCUGAGAAAAGCAACAUGGUCAAUGGAAACAUCUAUCCAGUUCCAGAUCCAAAGUUUCCCUUUCUUGGGGUGCAUUUCACUCCCAGAAUGGAUGGCAGUGUUUGGCUCGGUCCAAAUGCAGUUCUCUCAUUUAAAAGAGAAGGAUACAAAAUGUUUGCCUUCAGUCUCAGAGAUACAAUUGAUGCCUUAAGUUAUCGAGGAUUAAGAAAGAUUGCCUUAAAGAAUCUAAAAUUUGGUAUGGGUGAAAUGUAUCGAAGUAUUGCCAUAGAAGCACAAGUCAGACAGUUACAAAGGUUUGUCCCAACCCUGAAAUUGGAAGAUGUUACCAGAGGUCCUUCUGGUGUUCGAGCACAGGCUUUGGACCGUGAUGGAAAUCUUGUUGACGAUUUUGUAUUCGACACUGGCAAAAGUGACUUAGCACAUCGCAUUCUUCACGUGCGCAAUGCACCUUCCCCAGCUGCCACAUCAUCAUUAGCCAUUGCUGGAAUGGUAGCAGACAAAGUUGAUAAACUCUUCCAGUUAUGA